GCUAAUUCCCGCAAAUGACUCAGUAGCGUAGCCAUAAAUGCAGAGCAGCGAGCGCUGGCCGCAGAACAGAUCCUUGAGCACGGGCAGCAGCAGCAGCAACUCCGGCUCCUUCUCCUCCCCGGGAAGUGACCGGCCCCGCCAGCGCCAGCACCUGACCAGCUCUCGGCGUGCGACUCCCGCCUGCGAAGAACCGCGGGCUAUGAUUGUGUCCUGCGCGCUAGUCCUGGCGCUCCUGCGCGUCGGCCAAGCAGCUAAUCCUUGCUGUUCAAACCCAUGUCAGAACAGAGGAGAGUGUAUGACGAUAGGUUUUGACCGAUAUGAAUGUGACUGUACAAGGACAGGAUUUUAUGGGGAAAAUUGUACUACACCGGAAUUCUUGACCUGGUUGAAACUGACAUUGAAACCUACUCCAAACACUGUCCACUACAUCCUCACUCAUUUCAAAGGCGUCUGGAAUAUAAUAAAUAGCAUUCCCUUCUUCCGUGAUUCCAUCAUGAAAUAUGUAUUGACAUCAAGGUCACAUUUGAUUGACAGUCCACCAACAUACAACAGCCAGUAUCAUUACAAAAACUGGGAAGCCUAUUCCAACCUUUCCUUCUACACUAGAGCCCUUCCACCAGUGUCACCAGAUUGCCCAACACCCAUGGGUGUUAAAGGUAAGAAGGAGCUCCCAGAUUCCACAAUGGUUGUGGAGAAAUUUCUGCUGAGACAAAAAUUUAUUCCCGACCCACAAGGCUCAAAUGUUAUGUUCACGUUUUUUGCUCAACAUUUCACCCACCAGUACUUUAAGACAGAUCACCGCAGAGGGCCAGCCUUCACCAAAGCUCUUGGCCAUGGGGUUGACUUGAGCCACAUCUACGGAGAGACUUUGGAGAGACAGCUUAAGUUGCGGCUACUUAAGGAUGGAAAGCUAAAGUUUCAGAUGAUUAAUGGAGAAAUGUACCCUCCCACUGUGAAGGACACACAAGCAGAAAUGAUCUACCCUCCUCAUAUUCCUGAGCACCUGCGAUUUUCUGUAGGCCAGGAGGUGUUUGGUUUGGUCCCAGGUUUAAUGAUGUAUGCCACAAUAUGGCUCAGAGAGCAUAACCGAGUCUGUGACAUCCUUAAGCAGGUGCAUCCAGAGUGGGAUGAUGAGCAGCUGUUCCAAACUACCAGACUCAUAUUGAUAGGAGAGACCAUCAAGAUUGUCAUUGAAGACUAUGUGCAGCACUUGAGUGGCUACCACUUCAAGCUGAAGUUUGAUCCUGAACUUCUGUUUAACCAACAAUUUCAAUAUCAGAAUCGAAUUGCAGCUGAAUUCAACACACUGUACCACUGGCACCCACUCCUCCCUGACAGCUUUCACGUCCAUGACCAGGAGUACACUUUCGAGCAGUUUCUCUACAACAACUCCAUCAUGGUGGAACAUGGCCUUUCUCACAUGGUGAAAUCCUUCUCCAAGCAAAUUGCUGGCAGGGUUGCUGGGGGUAAGAACGUUCCUUUUGCAGUAAAGAAAGUAGCCAAGGCUUCAAUUGACCAAAGCAGGCAGAUGAGAUACCAAUCCUUGAAUGAGUACCGAAAACGCUUCCUACUGAAACCUUUCAAGUCAUUUGAGGAACUUACAGGAGAAAAAGAAAUGGCAGCUGAAUUAGAAGAGCUUUAUGGAGACAUUGAUGCUAUGGAGCUGUACCCUGGCCUUCUAGUAGAGAGGCCUCGUCCUGGUGCCAUUUUUGGUGAGACCAUGGUGGAACUUGGCGCACCAUUCUCUUUGAAAGGCCUUAUGGGAAAUGCUAUUUGUUCUCCUCAGUACUGGAAGCCUAGCACCUUUGGUGGAAAAGUGGGCUUUGAAAUAAUCAAUACUGCCUCGCUACAAAAGCUCAUCUGCAAUAAUGUGAAGGGUUGUCCCAUCACUGCCUUCCAUGUCCUAAACUCUGAGGCCACAGAAAAGGCCACCAUUAAUAUCAGUUCCUCAAGCUCCACAAUAGAGGAUAUCAACCCCACGUUAUUAAUGAAAGAGAGAUCCGCUGAACUGUAGUACAUCUCUAUUUAUUUAUUUAUGUAAUUAUAUAAAUUAUUAUAUUUAAAAUUGUUUUUAAAAAUGAAAUCCAGGCAGUUUCUGCUACGUCUUACAAAGACGAUGGUUCCCCAUUUCAAGGCAGACUACUGUUUUUAAAGGUUUGCAACACUGGAUCUGUUGUUAAACAUCUUCUGUAACAGAAAGUAGUAUUCCAUAGUGGAUGGGAAAUAGUCCAAUGUUUUUUAUAUGGUGUUUUCUUAUUAAACUUGACAGUACUUCCUUUUUUUUUUUUUUGUCACUUGGCAACAUAACGCUACAAGUUAUUUUGCCAACGGAUAUUUUAAUUUGAAAAUGUAUCAUCAGAAAACAAGAAAAUGUUAUUAAUGUAAACUGCAGAAAUUACUGAAUUACAGGACCAUAAAUAGUAAAUUAAUGUAAAACAAAAAUUAUGCAACUUUAAAGGUUUGCAUAAAGUCAGCAAAAGAAAAAGUUUAAGUUUCUCACAUAUACUACCUCACUAUCUUUGCACAUGCUUUAUAUCAACAUUUAAUGAAGAGCCUAACUUUUAUUUUCUGACUUUGAAUGUUGAAACCAAUGCAUAAUCCUUCCACUAAUAUUCUUUUUAAAAUUAAAAUUUAUAUUAUACAAAUAUAUAAUUGGCAUUUAAAUCCGAUUUUGGCAUUUGCACAAGUGAAUAAGUUGGAGGGAAACAUUUGCUGCUGUUUAGCUAAAAGUAGUUAUUUGUCAGGCUGGGAUAACAGGGCAUUUAUAUUUUGAUAGCUGUGUUUUAUAUUGCAAGAAAUCAAAACAAGAAAAUAUGCAAAUAUUUUUAGACUAGCACUUUAAAUUUUUACAUGAAACCAUCAUUUCAUUAUUUAUAAGUGUGUAUAAAAUGGCAUUUUCUAACUACCGGGGAGAUUUAGGUAGAAAAAAUACAAUUAUUCAGGCUGGAAUUGGUCUGAAAGCACUUUUUUUGGAGUGGGAUGAAUUAAUGGCCAGGGAGCCUUUUGGACAAGCCUUCAGUUUCAAAUCACUUCUGAAAAAUAUAGACUCCCCAGUGCUGUGUCUACUGCAUUUAUAAUAUAGGAUAGGAAUGUGUUAGCAUCAAUAUGGUCCUGUUAGAAUUUCACUGUGACUUUCCCUAAAUUUCUAGUUACUUGUUUUUACACUUUGAUUAUUUUAAUUAGGCUGCUUAUUUAAUGAGAUGAUAAAUUAUUUUAAAUGCUGAAAACUGAAAGAGGAACGUGUAUGAUGAUGGAAGGUUUUGUACUGAUAUGUUUGGGGAUAUUUUUAUGUAUUUAUUUUUUACUAUGCAGUGCACAAAAUGGAGAAAGCACACUGUAUGCGAACAGAUGUUGAGGUUUCUUAUACUCAGAAUUCUAAUGUUCAUGAAUGGAAGACUAUUCAGGAGGUCGUCUGAGAUGUUAAAUAGAUCAGAACAUGUAAUUCAGGUUCAUUUACCUCUUAAUUGAGAACAUACCCAAAACUUCCCAACAUUAAUUUAUUCUAGAAAAACAAUUAUUUAUUUUAAAAUCUGCACCAUCUUGUUGUCCUCUCUAUCAUAAUCCCGAACUAAGUUAGUUUUCAGAAGUAGAGCCUAAUUCUUGUAGCUCUUUGUAUCUGGAAACUCUAACAUUGUGAAUUUAAUGCAAUUUAAAUGUAGACCAUAAGCUGCAUGGGAAAUAUAGGUCUUCCUCUAUUUUGUGCAAUGCAAACUCAAUGUCAUCAGCAUUCAAAUAAGUUAGGGUUAAAUAUUAUUAAUUAAUAUCUGGGAGAAUUGAUAUGAUUAUCAUGGAAUUGACAACCUUAGAUUAUUUAUUUGUAAUGUUUUAUAAUAUGAAUGGGUUUUUCAUGUUUAUUUUUCUACAAAAAUACAUGUUUAAAAUGAAAUUGUUAAAAUAAAUAA